AUGCCUCUAUACCUUAGCUUUCAGCGAGUAAACGAUGGCGUGUGUGAUUACGAUAUAUGCUGCGACGGGAGCGAUGAGUGGGCCCACGUUGGUGGACUAAAGUGUGAGGACAGAUGCAAAGAGAUUGGAAAGCAAUGGAAGAAGACUGAGGAAGAAAAGGAAAAGUCAUACUCUGCAGCCUUACGCAAACGCAAGGAAUUAGCGGCACAGGCAUCCAAGACGGAAAAGGAAAUGCAGGACCGCAUUUUGGCCCUUGAGAAGGAAGCUGAAGAUCUUGAAGGUUCCCUUGCGGACCUCGAAGCACAGCUGGAAACAGCCAGAGCAAGGAAUAGGGGGAAGACAGCCAGUGGCCAGAAGCAAGGAAAAGCUUAUGAACUGGCACAGCUUGCAAAGGCCAGGACUGACACUCUUCGCACUGUACUAGAGGAGGUGCAUCUGCAGAGAGACCAGGUGGUAAAUCUCCUGCGGGAAGCCGAGGGAAUUCUGUCUAAGUUUAAGGAAGAGUACAACCCUAACUUUAAUGACGAGGGUGUCAAACGUGCCGUUCGUAGCUGGGAAGACUACGUUGCCCGAAAGGGAGAACAUGGCAGUGACUCGUUUGGAGAUGAUGCCCUGCUCGAUGCGCUUAAACCUGAACAUGAUGAGCCGUUCGGCAACCCUGAGCAGUGGGCAGAAGAAGCUGAACCUGGAUUAGUGCACAAGCUGGCAUCUUUCUUGCCUGCCGGCAUUGCAAAUGCCAUUGAAGAUGGUCUUGUUAGCUUCCGGUCUGCAUUAGUCUCGAAUGGUCUACUCGCGGACAGCUCAAUGGAUGACGGUUCAGAUGAACCACAGGAAGUGAGAGAUGCUAAAGACAAAGUAAACGGUGCAGAGGCUUCUCUCAACUUGAAGAAAUCUGAGAUUCAGGAUCUCAAGCGGGACCUCAAAGAAGAUUUUGGAGUUGAUUCCGUCUUCAGAGCACUCAAGGGGGAAUGCGUUUCUCAGGAUUCAGGAGAGUACACUUACGAACUCUGCUGGAUGGAGCAGACCAAGCAGAAAUCCAGGAAGGGACGCGCCGACACCACUAUGGGGAGAUUUGAGAAGAUCUCAUCUAUUGUUGUGGACGAGGCUACUCCGUCCGGCCAGAUUGUUCAGAAGACCAAGGUUACUCUUUUGUAUACUAAUGGCCAGACAUGCUGGAACGGACCUGCGCGCUCGACAACUGUGAUUCUGGAGUGUGGCGAGAACAAUGAACUCACCAAGAUUACAGAGGACGAGAAGUGUGUAUAUUCGAUGUUCGCCACUACUCCAGCUGCUUGUGAGUCUCCUGUAGCUGGCAAGGACAGCCAGGAAAGCAGUGGAAAGGAUGAGCUAUGA